AUGAGCAGAAACUUGAGCUACACAGAGCCUGUGCCGCUGGAAGGAGGAAUGAAAGUCGGCAGAAGAGCAUCUGGAAUGCAGCAACAACAACAAAAAGCGCCAAAACAGACUGCUUACAGUGUCAGGGUAAAGGGGCCGUCCAACUUCGAGGUAUUCAACGCGUGCGUGAACGACCUCACCGGUAAGGACAAGCUUGCGAAGGUGGUGCUUUACACCAUCCGACUUUUGUCCACUGUCCACAACGUGCACGGCCUGGGUAAUCCGGCUGUCGCCCGCUCGGUGAGGUCGGCCCUGGUCAUGGGGAAGGAGACGCUCUCCGCCGACAACAGCUUUGUACUCAACACGUCGCAGACGGCUCUCUGUGACGAAAACGAAGGCCGGGGCUUUUCUGCGUUCGGGUCGGUGCUGCGGCUGCUGGCGAAAGUGCUUUUGCGUCCGUCGAACGCGUUGUCGGCAACAAAACUGGAAAGAGGGCUGCUGGUGUUUUUGGCGUUCGUCGUGGAAAAGCUGUCGGGCUUGAUGGCCGGGUUGAGCGUCUACAGACAUCUCAUGCGUGCCGGAACGAUUCCGUUCAGGGUGUGGAAGUUUUCCAACCACAUCCGGCACAGUCUCCGCCUCUUGCUGGACCGAUCCAAGCUCGACGGCCCAGCGACACGCGUGCAGCGGGUGCUAAACUACUGGACGACAAAGGACAUGAUCUCGCAGAUGGCAAACUUCUGGUAUGCCAUCUCCGACGAGCUCAUGCUCGUGUUCAGAUUCAACAUCUUGCUUGACGGGAAACACGGAGGCGGCGCGUUCACCAGCGCCCUCUACUCGUGGGCAGAGGACCAGGAGCUCUACUCGUGGAUGGCCACCAUCCUAUUGGGGCUUAACAACGACUGGAACAAGUGGAUUUUGCUCAAGGACGAGCAGUCCCGCAUAAUAUUGAACCAGAAGGUGAGGGCCAGAACGAGGAGGAUAGUUGGAGACUUGAAGCGGAACAACCGCAUGGCGCAAUCCAGAGACUUGGAUCCCGAAGAGGAAGACUACGACGACGAAAAAGAUGCAGGAGGAGACCUGACGUUGUCCUAUGUCGACCAACUUGACCAGAACAGGAAAAACAUCACCACUGUCCAGAUCAACGCCAUACGGCUCUCCUGCGAUCUGGUGUUCGAUGCGCAGUACAUCUUCCAAUGGAACAUGUACAAGCCUUUCCACGUUUCCCUCGGGUUGCUGAGUGGUGCUCUUGGUCUCUACAAUUUGUGGAGAGACCAGAAGGACCGGCUGACCCAGAAGGCUGUUUUAGCUGCCAUAGAAGCAGAGGCUGCCAUCGAAGCAGAAGCUAUUGUGGCGGACGCAUGA